GUCUAGGGUCAUUCUCAAUUGAAGUAUUGUGUUGACCGUAUCUGUUCUGAUAAUAAAAUGAAAAUAACAUUGUUUGUAUUAUCUAUUUAUAUUUUGGUUCAUUAUAUUCGAGCGCAAACUGAUACUCUCAAAUUACUGCAUGUGUUUUCUAGGCAUGGAGCAAGGACCCCCGAACUCAAAGAUACAUAUCCAAAAGACCCAUACAAAUUGGACACUUUCCUUCCCAUGGGAUAUGGCCAACUCACUGAUCUUGGAUUAUGGCAAACUUACAAAAUAGGUGAACUCCUGAGGAACCGGUAUGACAGUUUCUUUGAGAAUAUUUCUUCUCCUGAUAUGAUUUACGCUCUGAGUACCAAUUAUGAUCGAACUAGAACCACAGGCUUCCGCAUUUUGUCAGGGAUAUAUUCGCAGUCGCCUUCACAAAAAAGAUGGCCUUCGCUCAUUCCUGUUGACUUCGAAGAAGCAUCAGUUGAUUUCUUCCUACAAAGACCAAACUCUUACUGUCCAGCAUACUUGAGAGAAUUAGAAAGGGUAUCAAAUUCCAAAGUUGUAUUGAGUUACGUAGAAGAGAGAAAAACCCUGUUCGGAUAUUUGACCAACAACACUGGAAAGUCAAUGAAGACCCUCCAGAAUGUUUUCGACCUGUACCAAACCUUGACUGCUGAAACAACCAUGAACUUGACUCUGCCGAAAUGGACGAGGAAGGUAUAUCCAGGAGAGAUAACGAAGGUCGCUAUCAAACGAUGUGAACUAGAAAAUUCCACCCCACUACUGAAGAGACUCAAUGGAGGUAGAUCUUUGCAAAUGGUUUUGAGGAAUAUGCUUAGACCAAACAAAGAACCCAAACUAUUUUUAUUUACUGGUCAUGAGAACAAUAUCAACAAUAUCUUAUUUGCGAUGGGGAUACAAGAACCACAUUUUCCAAACUACAGUGCCACAGUAGUAUUUGAAUUGCACUCUCUCGAAAUCGAAAACGGGACAGAAUUUGCAGUGAAAGUAGUACAUAUAAAUGGUCCAGAUCAGAACUUCGUAGUGAAACAAUUGAAAGGAUGUGACGUAUUAUGUCCACUGAACAAGUUCCAGGAGCUCACUAAAGAUGUCGUUCCUGUGAACUACACUAGAGAAUGUGAAUCAACAAAAAAUCUAGAUGCAUGAAUCGAUGUGAAUUUACUGAAAUAACAACAAUAAAGAUGUCCUUUGAAAUCAUUGUGUAUUUUG